CUGCGGCCGGCCCGGCCUGGCGGCGGCUGUAGCGGCGGGGCAGGUGGCGGCGGCGCCGCCUCCGCCUCCGCCAGCUGCUGGCGGAGCCGCACUAACUCUUGCAGGAGGGGUGGCUCCCGCCGCUGCCGCCACAGCCGCCGUCGGCGGCACUUCCGCAACGGCGCCAUGGGAACUGAUGCCGUACUUCCGUGAAGCGCUUGCGGUGCUCGAACUACACCUUGGCGCGUUGGGCGGUGCCUGCGGCCUGAGGGGCUGCAACCCGGGGGCAACGGCACAGGCGGGCUCCGGUGGCUGCAGUACGGAGGCAGGCAUGCGGGGAGCACGCAGCAACGACGACGCCGGUGAUUGGACGCCCCUUGCUUGGCCUGGCCUGUUCGCCAUGCACGUGCGGAUGUGGCGGGAGGCUCAGGACGAUGAGGAUGAGCAGGAGGAGGAGGAGGGUGGUAUCCGCGGCGGCAACAGCAGGCCGGAAUCCUCAGCUGCCAAGAACGCGGAAGCGACGAGGGGUGCAUGCAGCAGCCUUGACGGCGCGGCAGUCGUCGAUGGCGAGACGACGGCGGCAGCUGACAUCGAGUCCUUGGCGCCGCCUAAGGCCGCUGCCCGGGUUCUCCUGGCCCUGGAGGCUGCUGGCGGCGUCCACGGCAAGAAGUGCCCGUCCGCGGCCGCUGCCGCCGGCGCUGCAGGCGGUACUGACCUCACCGCGACGGCGGCGUCGCCAGCGGAGGUGGCAGCGGCGGCCGAGCAACGCGUGGCGCUGCUGUCGAGGCUGUGCGGCGCGCAGGCGCAGCUGCUGUGGCUGCUGUUUGGGGUGGACUGCCCCUGGCGAGACAGCAGCUGGGGCUUCAGGCUACCCGGCGUGCCGGAAUCCGCUGAGGCUGCGGCCGCCGGCGCCAGCACCAGCGGCACCUCUUCCACUGUCUCCGCCUUCGAGCCCUCCACGGCGGACGCGCUGCUGCUGUGGCGCAACGUCGGACCGCAUGCGGUGCUGCUGGCGGCACCUCCCAAGGUGCCCGGACUGGGGCCGGAGGCGGUUGCUGCCUUGGAGGAGGGCUUCACGGUGCAACUGCAGGACCUGCUGCCCACCCUGGAGCUGCUGGCCCGCGUGCUGCCGCCCCUACCGCAAGCCACCAUCCGCGCCUCCUGCGCCUUCCGCUACCUUCACGACCGGCGGCCCGACAACCUCCUGCUUGCCCUCGACCCGACAAGCCACCUGCCGGCAUGGCUGCGGCAGCAGAAGCAGCCUCCUGCAUCGGCACCACCUGCUGGUAUAGCAGCAGAAGGCGAAGCAGCAGCAGCAGAGGCAGCGGUGGCAGGAGGCGUCGUGCUAGUAGAGGUUGGGGAACGG